ACAAGCCUCUGAUUCUGAGACGAUUCAGUAAAAUCCAUUGACUCCAGUAAUGUCAUAAUACGCCUAAUGUGUUCCUGUAUUUUGUUAAUACACUGAAUUUACUUAAUUCGUAAUUAUUUAUUACUUUCCGGGCGUUUUACUGGAUCUUAAACUUAUUUAUAUUUAUCAGUGUUCAUCUACUGUGGUUCACGUUAGAGGAGAACUGGUCAAACAUGGGUUCUCUUUUAAGAAGUGAAGAGAUGAGCCUUUGCCAGCUAUUUCUUCAAUCAGAAGCCUCUUAUCUGUGUGUUGCCGAACUAGGUGAACUUGGACUUGUACAAUUCCGUGAUCUCAAUCCAGAUGUAAAUGCAUUCCAAAGAAAAUUUGUCCUUGAAGUUCGUCGUUGUGAUGAAAUGGAGAGAAAAUUACGGGUUCUUGAAAAAGAAAUUAAAAAAGAUGAAAUUCCAAUGUCCGAUAUGGGUGAUGUUCCAGAUGCCCCUUUACCCAGAGAGAUGAUUGAAUUGGAAACAACAUUUGAGAAACUCGAAAAUGAACUGAAGGAAGUCAACGCUAAUGCUGAAGCAUUGAAAAAAACCUAUCUUGAGCUGACGGAAUUGAAGCAUAUUUUACAGAAGACUCAACAAUUCUUCGAUGAGCAGUCCUCUGAUAAAGGUGUGAGGAGGUUUAGUGAGGUUCAAAAUUUUAACGCUGCGAUGAAUUCAUAUAUGAAUACUGAAGGAGCUCCCGAACGUUUCACAUCCGAUUUGGGAUUUUUAGCUGGAGUCAUUUUGCGAGAACGGAUUCCUGCUUUCGAAAGGAUGCUUUGGAGAGUUUGUCUGGGUAAUGUCUUCCUUCGUCAAGCUGAAAUCGAAAAGCCACUUGAAGAUCCAGUUACAGGGGACAAUGUUUACAAAUCUGUAUUCAUCAUCUUCUUCCAAGGAGAGCAGCUGAAAUCUCGAGUCAAAAAAAUCUGUGAAGGAUUCAGAGCCACUCUUUAUCCUUGUCCAGAUAAUGCUGCUGACAGAAGAGAAAUGAUUGCUGGCGUUGUUUCAAGAAUCGAAGAACUAAACACUGUUCUUAAACAAACCAAUGAACAUCGUCAUCGAGUGCUUGUUGCUGCUGCUAAACAUAUCAAAAAUUGGAUCAUAAAAGUCAGGAAAAUCAAAGCAAUCUAUUUAACAUUGAAUAUGUUUAAUCUUGAUCUCACUAGUAAAUGUUUAAUUGCUGAAUGUUGGUGUCCAGUGGAUGAUUUAGAGCGAAUCCAUAUUGCAUUGAGACGAGGUACAGAAAGAAGUGGAUCAUCUGUACCGUCCAUUCUCAAUCGAAUGGAUACCAAAGAAACACCGCCAACUUUUAAUCGUACAAAUAAGUUCACUCAAGGCUUUCAAAAUAUAGUAGAUGCUUAUGGUGUAGCUGCUUAUCGUGAAGUUAAUCCCGCUCCAUUUUCAAUAAUUUCAUUUCCAUUUUUAUUUGCCGUUAUGUUUGGAGAUGCUGGUCAUGGUUUUUUAAUGUUUCUUUUCGCUCUUUGGAUGUGUUUAAAAGAGCAGUCGAUUGCAGCCCAGGCUAAGGGUAACGAAAUCUUCAAAACAUUCUUUGGUGGACGAUAUUUGAUUCUAUUGAUGGGUCUCUUCUCAAUAUAUACUGGUCUCAUUUAUAAUGAUAUUUUCUCUAAGUCAUUGAACAUUUUCGGAUCGUCAUGGAAAGCAACAACAUUGCCUAAAACAGGACUUUACCCGGAAAAUAUGAUGUUAGACCCACUAACACAAUACUCCGAUAGGCCUUAUUGGUUUGGAAUCGAUCCUGUUUGGCAAGUCUCUGGGAAUAAAAUUUUAUAUCUAAACUCUUACAAAAUGAAACUUUCUAUUCUUCUUGGAGUAAUGCAAAUGUUGUUUGGACUUGUUCUCGGCUACUAUAACCACCGUUAUUUUGGAAAUCGUAUCAACAUUGUGUGUGAAUUUGUUCCUCAAGUUAUCUUCAUGUUAUCAAUUUUUGGAUAUCUUGAUCUUUUAAUUUUAGCUAAAUGGGUUUCAGUUGAUGCUAAAGACUCCAGUUGCGCUCCAUCAAUUUUGAUUACAUUAAUCAAUAUGUUUCUUUACAAAUAUCCAGAUUCACCUUGUUCAGCGUUACCCAUGUACUGGGGUCAACAAUUCAUUCAAACAGUCCUUUUGAUACUUACACUUCUAUGUAUUCCCUGGAUGUUAUGUAUCAAACCAUACUUUUUAAAGAAGCAAAAUGAUCUUCGUGUGCUUGCAGCGAUGCAUUCAUCUAACAAUGAAAAUCAUAAUGGUUAUAAUGCCGAUGGUGAAGUACAAGUUUCAAUGGAGAGUUCAGGUGCUGUAGCUGAAAGUGGAGGCGGUGAUCAUGGUCAUGAUGGUCCUUUUGAUCUUGGAGACACAAUUAUUCAUCAAGUGAUUCACACUAUCGAAGCUUGUCUUGGAUCUAUUUCUCAUACAGCAUCAUACCUUCGAUUAUGGGCUUUGAGUUUAGCUCACGCUCAAUUGAGUGAAGUCUUAUGGAGUAUGGUUCUUCAAAAAGGUCUGACUGGCGAAAAAAUUGCUGGAGGUUUCAUCAUGUAUUUAGCAUUUGGAUUCUGGGCAAUUUUAACGGUUUCUGUUUUAUUAUUGAUGGAAGGUUUGAGUGCUUUCCUUCACGCUCUCAGAUUACAUUGGGUAGAAUUUCAAAGCAAAUUUUACUCAGGAUCUGGCUAUAUUUUCCAACCAUUUUCAUUCCAAGUCAUUCUCAACAAUGAAGCUGACGAAGUUGCAUAGUUAUAUCAAUCAAGCGUGGAGAAUGGUGAUGUUAUUUUUGUUAAUCACCAUUUAAUUAUUUCUCUCUUUGAUCUUCAUCUUACACAAGAAACUGGAAAGUUAAAUCAAGAGCCCUUUUGUCUAGUGAAUCUGAGUGAACUUAUUUCAUCUACAAUAAUCUUAAAUCUAUGGUCAAAGUGUCAAUGCAACUUGCACAUUACAAUCAGCUAAAUUAUUAUCUAUUCGGACUCUAUUAAAAUUGUUUGAUUUCAUUUAUUUGUUGUAAUUUAAUGAAUGUGACCACGAACUAUUAAAUCAUGAAAAGAAUAAUAAAAAGAUAUUGCCAAAAAUGUUA